GACUUAACGUUGCACUACAUAAAGCAUCUCUACGAAGUCUGACUUUUCACUCAGUGGGCGGGAUGAGUCUGUGAGGACACCAAUCACUGAGCAGGGCUGUAGACAGGGGCUGCAAAGAGCCUCCUCUCUGCUAUAUACAAAAAGCUCCCAGCAGAGACAUGUAGUUUGGCUGGUACCUAGAACAGCUGUAGGGGUUGCCUUUCACACAACUGUGACCUUACAUGACCUGAUUUAUGACCCUGCUAGACCCCCAACUCCCUGUCUGUGCAGCAUCACUAGCCUAGGCUGGAGUCAGCAGGGCAUCACAACACAUCUGCCUAGCGUGUAAGGAUCUGUGCUUCCUCUCUUCCCUGGAUCCUGACUCUGGAUGUCUCGGGAUGCAGCUCCGGAGUUCCGGGCUGUGGCUGAUCCUCUGCUCGGUGUGGGCUUUGCAGGUCCCUGGAGGCCGUUGUGUAUGCGCCAGGCGUGGGCAUCCCAGAUGUUGCCCAGGGAGGAAUAAUGCCUGCACCGGAGUCAGUCCCAAAGAGACCACGUGUUACUGCGACACCUACUGUCAUCGAAGCGCUGACUGCUGUGAGGACUACGGCGUGCAGUGCGGAGGCAGCGUCUCCCAUUGUGUGGUUGGUCCAUGGGGUACAUGGAGUGAGUGCAGCUCUCGUUGUGGAAUUGGUAGCAGAGAGAGAGCACGACAAGUGAUGGUGCCCCCGAGGAGUGGUGGAAGCCCUUGUCCGGACCUGAGACAACGCCGUGGCUGCUAUGGAGAUGACUCUGCUUGUCACAGUUCCAAAGAAGUGGCCAGGAUAUUACCUGGCUCCUUUAAAAGGUUAUCCAGGGACCCUUGGAGGAAACCCUUCAUCAUGACACCUGACAGACCCCCAAGCUAUUGUGUUUACCUCCGUCUGAAACACGUGGGACCUGCUUGCCGCCUGCAAAGCUGGAGCAGACAGCUUGUACAAGAACAACUUGUGUGUGUAGAGUGUCAGGCGGAGGCGGCUGCUACUAUUGAAAGGUGCCAGGGGGACGGUGUCGCAGGCGCCAGGACAUUUUGGACAGCAGCAUUACUCCCUGGAUGUCAGGGCUCCUGGGUACAGGAAGACCUCAGAGAAGACUGCAUGUGCCAUUCAGUCUCCUUCCUAUUUGUGUGACCAGGAUCGGCACCAAGGGCUUUUGGACAGACAACUUACUACGCCUGUCAAAGCACAAAGAGCUUACCUCUCAGAUACCUACCUCUGCAAUUUGCCUCAUGGAGGAGCCUAUCCUCUUUUUUUUAAUCUUUCUAUUGUGUAAUAUUAUGUGAGUACAUGUAUUUGGCAGUGAUGUUAUGAGGUCACAUGUCUGAUGCUUUCUCCGAUUGGCGAUUCAUUCGUUUUAUUUUUUUUAAAUAGUCAUCAAGGCCACGAUUAAGUCUAGCUUCUUCACUGUAAGUCUUAGAUGGAAAAGACCAAGACAGCAAAGUCAUGUGAAAAAGUAGGUAAAUCCCAUGUAAAUUGUUGACUUGAAAUGAAUACAGUGUAGACUAACCUAAUCAAAACCCUGAUUUGAAUCCUAUUUAAGUGAAGGAAUUUUACUUAGAGAUGUGGAAAAAAAAUUGAUAUCAAAAACUGGUGGGCAUUUGUGCCAAAGGCUUACAAGUCAUUUCUCCUAAAUUGCCAAUACCAGCUCCUCAGAAAAGUAAAGGUGUACUUACUUUUUACACAUUACACCAAUGCAUCUAAUAAUAGUUUCAUUAAAUUAUUAAAAAGACAAAACUAUGUUUGUGUUUUUAUUCAAGUAUAUCAAUCACCCUUACCUGUAUACAACAUUUGCCUUUUCAAAUAUGCCAGAAGUGUUAACAACAUUUCCAUGGGAUGUACUUACUUUUUACAUCAUUUCCAUGGGAUGUACUUACUUUUUACAUGACUAUAAAUGAAGCACCUGUAAAAAUGAAAGCACCUUAUUAAUUUAAAACCAAAAUAUGCAAGGAAAAAAAAAAAGAGAACCAGAGUAAAUUGAUAUAGUUGAAGUUAAAGUAGACCAUAAAAAAGAGAAAUACACAGUUUAAGAGUAA